UCAUCCGCGAGGACUCGCCUCCUGCACCGCACGCUACUUUGAGCUCCGAAUCGCUAAAAGCACAAUUUAAAUGAUCGACGCAUCAAAAACUGGAGCUUGCACUUAGCUUUCCGCGGUUCACCCCCCCUCAUCUGGCGGUCUGUCUCUCGGACUUUGAAAAUAUUUGCCGUCAGGAGGACACUUAAAGCCUGCAGGCAGGCGGGAUGAGCUGAUAGGCGCUGCGAGGUGUACUUGUGUUCCGUGGCGCGGCGAUGCCCUGGUAUCAAAGCGCCAGCUGUGUUUGGCAGGGAGGGAGACGCAUCAUUGAACCUGUGGCCGUGGACACGCGCUGGCUCGUAAAUGUCCAAGCCGAGUUGUAAGUUACAGGAGAGAGAUGUCCGAUGAGCCCACAUGCAGCAAUCGUGAGGAAUUGUACCGCUCAGCGUUUUGAGGUUUCCCUCUUCCCUGCAACUUCGAUGGCUUGAAAAGGAGCCCAUCUCCACUUGUGCAUGAACUGAAGGAGGAUGUGAGGCAUGGGCCAUCUACCGCCCUCACACUGCACGGAGUAGCGGCCAAACCCGGCGACGUGAUCCUCCAGGUCGCUAUCUGAGUGCCAAUAAAAAACUACUUUCGAGAUAUGAAUUAUCGACUCGAUUUUCAGGCCGUUUCAUCCUAUUGGUUGUCUUACGCUACCGACAUCGGGAUUUCAAGAGGAACAUGAUUGGGACAGAAACUAUUUCUGGAGCCGUCGGUCACAGAUUUCGCCGCUGAAUCGGCCUGGAUGUUGAUUUCCCCAACAGUCCAGUCCUAUGUGUACUGCAUUCAUCCAUUGGAAACGCUGCUUAGUGUCUUGGAGAACAGCGCAGGAGGAAUGCUGGUCCAAGAUCUAAUGCCAUUUACUCUAAGUUGGUGGCCUUUCUUCUUCGGUCAUUGCCUCCUCUCUCUGGUUUUACUCUCAUGCCAGGGUGAACUCCAGAGGUCACAGAGGUCAUGCUCACAGACUGUGGCGGAGAAAGUUAGCGAGCAGUGCCAGCUGGCGUGCCACUGUCGGAGGUACCCGCCCCUGCCUCCCCCGCCUCCCCCGCCGCCUCCCCCGCGGCUCCUGGAGACCACAGUGGUGGAGCCCGUGGCCCCCCUGCUGAGGCCCUGGUGGAUGGAGAUGGAGAUCAUAGUACUGGGGACAGUGGGCUGUGCCUCGGUGGUCUUCCUCCUCUCCGCCAUCAUCAUCUGCUACAAAGCAAUCAAGAGGAAACCAUUAAGGAAGGAGGAGAACGGGACGAGUCGCGGCGAGUACGCCAUGAGCACGCGCAGCAAGAAGGCCACGGGCACCAGCAACAACGCCGGGGUGUAGGGGCCGUCCCCGAGCC